GACCGUUACAGUUCAAAAUCUGAAGCCGCUGUCGGUCUGAGAAAGCGCUGUCGAGAGCGGAGAGUUUAUUAGACUGUCCACAUAAGACCGUGGCUGAAAAGUUAGACCUUCCACGACGUGAUUCUGUAUUGUAAGAAUUUGGGAAAAUGUCGAAGAAACAAAUUUACUACUCCGAUAAAUACACCGACGAUGAGUAUGAGUACAGACAUGUCAUGCUGCCGAAACAUCUGUCCAAACUGGUGCCUUCUUCCCAUUUAAUGUCGGAGGAGGAAUGGAGAGGGCUAGGAGUGCAGCAGAGCCAGGGCUGGGUACAUUACAUGAUCCAUAAGCCAGAACCCCACAUACUCCUUUUUCGAAGACCUCUUUCCAAGGAAUGAGAGAACUGGAAGGUGACCUUCAAAGUUGAAGUGAUGUGGUCAGAAUUGGGCCAUGUGUGCAUUUCUUUCCAUGCGUUUGGGUUGUAUAUAAGGCUCCUUAUUUACAGAUCUAUGGUAUUGAAAUGUUACGAAUUGUUCCCCCCUCUCCCCUUAAUUCUGGAGAUGUAAUAGUGAAGGCCCGAAUGGAGCUUUAAGGGGAAAGGUCUGUCUCCUGUGUACAGAAGUGUCUGUUUAGAUCUGCACUGAGGUCAUGUAAUGAAAAGCUGGGUGGAUUGACAUGUUAUUUCCAGGUCUUACUGGCAUAAAUAUGUGACAUAGUUUGAAAGGUGUUGAUGCUCUGGUGCUUUGCAUUGGUGAACCAGAGCCAGGGUGAUUUCAUCAAAUACAUUUUAGGUCUAAAAUUUUACUUGGUUGAUUGUUGGCUGCUAUCAAUAUGUAUUAACAUCCCUUGUACAAAUGUAGACCAGCAAAUUUGUUCAUUAAUUUGUUAUCGACAUCAAUAAAUAUCUUGUUGAGAUGGAUCUUAA